AUGGAAAUGAAAGAAGGCAGGGAGGGAGACGAAAGAGCUUUCACCUGGACGGAGGAGAAGACUAUAAAUGGGCCAAGUCUCUCACCGUCCUCUUGCCGCCUUCACUUCUUCCCGCCGUUUCAUAUCGGUCGCUUCUCUCUCUCCCCUCCACCCUCACUCUCCCUCUGGCCUUUACCGUCUCCCCGUCCGCUGCUUCGCCCUCCGUUCCUCAACGCCUGUCAGAGCAAUGGCAUCCCAUAUCGUCGGGUACCCUCGGAUGGGGCCUAAAAGAGAGCUGAAAUUCGCCUUGGAAUCGUUCUGGGAUGGGAAGAGCAGUGCCGAGGAGUUGCAGAAGGUGGCCGCUGAUCUCCGGGCAUCCAUCUGGAAGCAGAUGGCGGAUGCUGGGAUCAGAUACAUUCCCAGCAACACUUUCUCUUACUAUGAUCAAGUAUUGGACACCACAGCCAUGCUUGGAGCAGUUCCCGCUAGAUACGGUUGGAAUGGAGGGGAGAUUGGAUUUGAUACCUACUUCUCCAUGGCGAGGGGUAAUGCUUCUGUACCAGCUAUGGAGAUGACCAAGUGGUUUGACACCAAUUACCAUUACAUUGUCCCUGAACUGGGGCCCGAAGUUAAGUUCUCAUAUGCAUCUCAUAAGGUAGUCGAAGAGUACAAGGAGGCCAAAUCUCUUGGAGUUGAUACUGUUCCAGUCCUUGUGGGCCCAGUUUCCUACUUGUUGCUUUCGAAACCAGCUAAGGGUGUCGAGAAAUCCUACCCUCUUCUCUCCCUUGUAGAAAAGAUUCUUCCAAUAUACAAGGAUGUUGUGGCGGAUCUUAAAGCAGCCGGUGCCUCUUGGAUUCAGUUUGAUGAGCCCACGCUUGUGAUGGAUCUCACUUCCCACCAGUUGCAAGCAUUUACUCACGCCUAUGCUGAGCUAGAGUUAGAUCUAUCUGGUCUGGAUGUUCUUAUUGAGACAUAUUUUGCUGAUGUGUCUGCGGAAGCAUAUAGAACACUGACCUCUUUGAAGGGUGUUGCUGGAUUUGGUUUUGACUUGGUUCGUGGGACAAAAGCUCUUGAUUUGAUCAAGGGUGGAUUCCCUUCUGGCAAAUAUCUUUUUGCUGGGGUUGUCGAUGGAAGAAAUAUCUGGGCUAAUGAUCUCGCCUCUUCCCUCACUACUCUGCAAUCUCUUGGAGGCGUGAUUGGCAGGGAUAAGGUUGUGGUUUCAACAUCCUGUUCUCUUCUCCACACUGCGGUAGACCUGGCGAACGAGACAAAGUUGGAUAAAGAGAUUAAGUCAUGGCUAGCUUUUGCAGCACAAAAAAUUGUUGAAGUUAAUGCCUUAGCCAAAGCAUUGGCUGGACAGAAGGAUGAGGCCUUCUUCUCUGCUAAUGCUGUUGCUCAGGCUUCAAGAAAAUCCUCUCCAAGGGUGACAAAUGAGGCAGUCCAGAAGGCAGCUGCUGCACUGAGAGGCUCUGAUCAUCGCCGGCCCACGAAUGUGAGUGCUAGACUAGAAGCUCAGUAUAAGAAGUCAAACCUUCCAAUUCUUCCUACCACAACCAUUGGGUCUUUCCCCCAGACGAUAGAACUUAGAAAGGUCCGCCGGGAAUACAAAGCUAAUAGGAUCUCGGAAGAUGAUUAUGUGAAGGCCAUCGAGGAGGAAAUUAGCAAGGUUGUCAAGCUCCAAGAAGAGCUUGACAUUGAUGUUUUGGUCCAUGGAGAGCCUGAGAGAAACGACAUGGUUGAAUACUUUGGUGAGCAAUUGAGUGGUUUUGCCAUCACUCUUAAUGGAUGGGUGCAAUCUUAUGGCUCCCGCUGUGUAAAGCCACCAAUCAUCUAUGGAGAUGUGAGCCGGCCCAAGGCUAUGACUGUCUUUUGGUCUUCAAUGGCCCAAAGCAUGACGAACCGCCCUAUGAAAGGAAUGCUCACUGGUCCCGUCACCAUUCUCAACUGGUCCUUUGUUAGAAAUGACCAGCCAAGGUUCGAAACCUGCUAUCAAAUUGCUCUUGCCAUUAAAGACGAGGUUGAGGAUCUCGAGAAAGCUGGUGUCACUGUUAUUCAAAUUGACGAGGCUGCUUUAAGAGAGGGCCUGCCUCUUAGGAAGUCUGAGCAGGCUUUCUAUUUAGACUGGGCAGUUCAUUCCUUCAGGAUCACAAACUGCGGUGUUCAAGACACUACUCAGAUCCACACCCAUAUGUGCUAUUCCAACUUCAAUGACAUCAUCCACUCGAUAAUCAACAUGGAUGCUGACGUCAUCACCAUUGAGAACUCCCGAUCGGAUGAGAAGCUCCUCUCUGUAUUCCGUGAGGGCGUGAAAUAUGGUGCCGGCAUCGGUCCUGGCAUCUAUGACAUUCACUCACCUAGGAUUCCAUCCAUAGAGGAAAUUGCUGAUAGGAUUAACAAGAUGCUCGCAGUCCUCGAGAGCAACAUCCUCUGGGUCAACCCUGACUGUGGCCUCAAGACCCGUAAGUAUGCUGAAGUCAAGCCCGCUCUCAGCAAUAUGGUUGCUGCGGCUAAGCUGCUUCGAGCACAGCUGGACAAAGCCAAGUGAGUUUGUUCCAUGAUGUUAUAACGACCCUUUGAGGUUUCUGAGGUUUUAUCAAAAGAUCAAUAAGCCCAUCCUCUCUUUCUCAUGAAAUGUUUGUCCGACAAAUUUUUGUUUUUGGCUCUUGUCGAGCUGAUUCUGUAUCUGUUGUAUUUGAGAGCGGAAUUCAUAUCACCUUCUAAAGGGGGUUUUUUGUCUAUGAAGUUUUUCUCCCUCCUCCCCCCAACAAUGUAUUAUCCCUCUUGGAGUGGUGAUAAUAUCAAUAUUAGAUAUGCAAGGUAGAAAUAUAUUGCUCGAAAUUUUAUAUAUA